GAAUUGGAAAUAAAUCCCAAAAUGUUUCAUUCAAGCUCGGGCUAUCCAGACCUUACCGGUGGUUCUGGCAAUGCCGUUUCCUACCACCAACAAGCUGCUGCAGCAGCUGCCGCCAGCACUCCCGUUUAUGUUCCUUCAAAUCGCGCCCUCACACACAGUCAAUACGGUCAUGCUGCUGCUCAUUUUGGAACAGCGGCCGCCCAAAAUGCCUGGACAGCAGCCGAUACCUUUGGAGCAACACACUCACAAAUACCCGCCCAAUUUUAUGCCCAAAAUGUAAUGAUGGGUACGUGGCGAGCAUACGAUCCCACGGGAUUCCAACGCACCUCACCCUAUGACAAUGCAAUGGAAUUGCAAUUCGGUGAGGGGCGAGAAUGCGUCAAUUGUGGGGCAAUUAGCACGCCACUAUGGCGGAGAGACGGAACGGGCCAUUACCUGUGCAAUGCAUGUGGACUGUACCACAAGAUGAACGGCAUGAAUCGACCGCUGAUAAAGCCUAGCAAGAGAUUGACUGCUACACGACGACUAGGACUAUGCUGUACAAACUGUGGAACCCGAACGACGACAUUGUGGCGGCGCAACAACGAAGGCGAACCAGUUUGCAAUGCAUGUGGCCUGUACUUCAAAUUGCAUGGCGUUAAUCGUCCAUUGGCGAUGCGCAAAGAUGGCAUCCAGACGAGAAAACGAAAACCUAAAAAAUCUGGUGGGGACUCGAAGGACGUCAAGGAGGAAGCUGACUUAAAACCAGCACUGACCAGUGCAUCGUCGCUCUCGCUUGAACGAAAUCUUGCCUCAUCGAAGCUAAGUGCCGAUCUCAGUCCCAAGCCAUCUUCGAAUACAUUAUCACACAAUCACAUGCAUUUACCAUCAUCAGUUUCGGCAUCUUCACGGACGCAUAGCACAUCCAAUCAUGUGUAUUCUUCGAAUAUGCAUGGUUUCAAUACCUCGCACAGCAACACUGGCAACACAUCUGGUUUGUCAUUUGGGUCUGCCGCCUCGAAAUAUGAACACUUGUUAGCAUCAUCCACCGGAGGAAGUAGUAAUACUAGUUUAAGCUCAGCUCUGACUAAUGGAAUUGGUACUGGGACGCCGAGUCCGAACUAUCAUCAUGCCCACCAUCAUCCGCAUCACCAUCAUGCCCAUCAUCACCAUCACCAUUCCAGCCUAGGUCAACAUACGUACGGAGUCAAGUCUGAAGCUAAUACCACCAAUUAUGAUUAUGUAAAUAAUUGCUAUUUUGGUGGAACGUUUGGUGCUCUGAGCGCCACUUCCGCCGGUGCAGGAGUUCAUGGAGCGACGGAACUUGCUGGCUAUCAUCAUCAGCACAAUGUCAUACAAGCUGCGAAAUUAAUGGCAUCAUCUUAGUUUGGAUAGAAAAAAAUAAGAAGUUAUUUCAAAGUCUGUAUUUUAGUGGUAUAUUUGUAUAGAUAAAUUUGUUCUCUAACGUAGCUGCAUACAUAUACAUAAAUUGAAGGAUACCUUCUUGCAUCUAGCUACUACAAUGAGAAGGUAUUUGAGGUAAUGUGUCAGAUAAUGUCUUUUUCUAAUUGAUCUCAGUUUGCGAUUUUCCGUAAAUUAAAUCAAUUACCUACAGAAUGAGAGAGGAAAAAUAGUUGCGUUAACUUAAAUUUCCCGAAAACUUGUAGAAAUGGUUUCUGUUUACCAGUAAUUAACUGAAAAGUUUUUUUGAAUAGUGAUCGAAAUGCGCUCUUUUAUGCGCCGAUGCCAACCAUUGUUAACAAUAGGUGCGUCCCACCAAGAGAGAUCUCUGAGAGCUGAGAGAUUUUUUAAGUGAAACAAAAAAUCUCAGCUGAUUGCUCACUUUUUU